AUGGAAGACAAGGGAAUGUUCGAGAAGGCCAAGGACAAGAUGGGCGACAUGAAGGACUCGGUGAAGGACACCGCCCAGAGCGCCAAGGAAAAGAUGACCGGCACGGCGCACGAGACCAGAGAGAAGGCGGGCGACAUGGCCGCCAACGCUCGGGAUGCGACGAAGGACAAGAUGAAUGCUGCCGGUGAGUUGUAGCGAGUGGUCCUGGGAGGGCUUUUGUAACAGCCUGCAGUAACCAUAGUACUAGCCUAUACUAGCCUAUAGUAGUAGCUAUAGGCUCGAUAUAGUCUAUGGUAACUAUAGUACUAGCCAGACUAAAUACAAGCUAGUAUCAAGCAUGUGGCGGCCCGUGUGGCCUGUGGCAUCUAUUUAUAUUUUAUAACGUCCUCUAAUUUAUUCUGAUCUUUCAGGCGACAAAAUGAGAGGCAAGUAA